AAUUAAAUUAAAAGAAUACAAAAGAUAUAAAAUCAUAAUAUGAUCUAAUCAAAUCAAAUACAAGAUGAUGAUCAGUCUUACAAAAACCAUUGCGCCUCUCUGCUCUGCUGUCAUACUUCUUCUUAACAAUGGCGUUUCUCCCUAAUUUGCCUCUCCUCCUUUCUUCUUUCUUUCUUCUUCUUCUUCUUCAUUCACCGUCCAAUGCCGCCGAUCAUCCGCCGAAGGCCACCUGCAUGUUCGAAGCUAUCUACCAACUGGGCGACUCUAUUUCAGACACCGGAAACCUCAUCCGAGAAAAUCCCGCCACCCCUUUUUCCCGUCUCCCUUACGGGGAAUCCUUCUUCAACAACCCCACUGGCCGCUGUUCUAAUGGCUUGCUAAUCAUCGAUCAAUUUGCUAUUGUCGCUGGACUUCCUUUGAUAAACCCUUAUUUGGACAAGGAUGCACCAAUGACUCACGGGGUGAAUUUCGCAGUGGCUGGCUCUACGGCUUUGCCUUCGGAAGUUCUUGCUCAAAAGAAAAUCUCUUCUCGCGUCACCAACUCGUCUUUGUCUAAACAGCUUGAUUGGAUGUCUACUCAUUUCAACAUUACUUGUCUCUUCAAAGAGAAUGAUUGUACCAAGAAAUUGAAGAAUGCUUUGUUCUUUGUUGGUGAGAUUGGAGGGAAUGAUUACAACUAUGCGCUGUUCCAAGGCAAGACUAUAGAAGAAGUUAGAAAUAUGGUUCCUGAAGUUGUUCAAAUUAUAAAGGAGGCAGUCCAGAGAGUCAUAAAUUACGGUGCUUUUCAAGUUAUUGUGCCGGGAAACUUUCCAAUAGGCUGCCUACCAAUCUAUCUCGCUGGAUUUCAAACCGACGAUGCCACUGCUUAUGAUGAGCUUCACUGUUUGAAGGAUUUGAACAACUUAGCAAUCUAUCACAACACCCAUCUGAAUGAUGCUAUCAAAUCCUUGAGAAAAGAGAACCCAAAUGUGAAUAUCGUGUAUGGUGAUUACUAUAAUGCACUCUUGUGGGUUCUACGAGAAGCUUCCUCUCUCGGCUUUGAUGAAACGUCCCUGCAUAAGCCUUGUUGUGGAAUGGAUGGUGAUUAUGAGUUCAACCUGAUGCAAAUGUGUGGAGCUCCUGGAGUGCCGGUUUGUGGUAAUCCUGGAGAGCGAAUCAGUUGGGAUGGAAUUCAUUUGACGCAAAAUGCUUACAGACUUAUGACAUAUUGGCUCAUUCUCAACAUACUUCCACGGCUUUAUUGCAUACCUUGAAUUUGUUUCAUUACUUUAGCUUUG